AUGAGCAUGUCCAGCUCGAAACAAGCUGAUGCAGUGACUCUACAGCCUGACACACAGGAUGCAGAUUGCCAAGAGACACUUGUAAGCUGUCGGAUUAAAUCUCAGAUAUGGAAUUGCCAGGAAAGUGCAGCAAAAAGCGCCUUCAAGGACGAGAAAAAGGUCAGAAACGCUGCAGAGGACAAGCAGCAUUUACAGACUGAUGCAGUUGAGCCAGAGCAGGAGAAGGACGUAGAGAUGGAGCAGGAAAAAGCGCAGAGCAUACGAAGAGACGGUGAAGAGUAUAAUGUCAAUUUUAGCAGCGUGUCACCCCACGACAGCAACUUUGACUUGUUGCAGAUGAACACCGACUCGGAUUUCUCAGUGCCAAUGUCUUCACCUCAUUGCCGAGACUUUGUUCGUUCAUUCGACACGAGACUGAUGUCAGGGCCGUUAGCGUCACCCUCUUUGUCGUCAUGUGGGUCUUCUGCGCUCUGUUCUCCGUCCCGGUUCUUUAAGUCUCCCUUGAGAACGAGUAUUCAGACUUUGAAGACACCGCCGUGCCGAGAACUUACGCCCAUACGGCUGGCAACGCCGAAAAGGUUGUCGGAUACCAUCGACUUGCUUUGUCAGCAGGAAGAGAAGAAGACCAGACCAACUACGAGCGAGGAUGGAAUGGUGGCUGCUGCGACGCUUGUCGAUAUCGAACUAAAACAGGGCAAUCCACGCGAGAACGUUAUGUCUACGAGGGCUCGACUGAGAAAGGAAUCAACUGUGGCCGCACCUCCGCGCACUCCAACGCUGUCAGCAAAACAACAGCUGCUCUCUUGUUGCCAAAAGGGCGUCGUUGAUCGAACGAAGGAUGUCAAGGAGCGAGAGAUCGCUAGGGACGUUCCAAAAACACCUGCUAGAACCAGUAGUAAGGCAUACACUUCUGCCUUGAUUCUCGAUGCCGAUGAUGUCCAAUGUGUUCCCAGCGAAUUGAUGACUACUUCAAGCGAGAAUGACUCGUUUUUUUCGUUUGUAAGUUUGCUAUCCCCACUCAUGCCCGCUGACGAGUUCGAGGACAUCCUGAUGCCAGCGAAACUUUCACCGCUUGUACCGCUCUCUUACGACCUGCCAAGACCACUUUCGCCAUAUCCCAAACAGGAACCAAGUGAUGAUCGAGGCUUAAGCUCAACAACUCACGCAUACAAUGGCACAACUUCAAUCAUCCAGACGCCAAAGAAGAAGUCGAGCCGGAAGCGAAGACAUUCAUCGACUCAAUCAUUGGCUGGAGGCGGCAUCUGCGUUCACGGAUCUGCAUCCAGAUUAAUUUCCCCAAGAUUCUUCACCGAGCCGUUCCCAAACAUUCAAGCUUUCACAAACGCAACACCAGGACAAGACGAGCGGUCAAAGCUGGGGAGUCAUAGCGUCAUGAAGAUAAAGCUCCACACGUCGUUUGGAUCCUUUUCAUCUAUGCUAGACUCGCACCCCACGCGCAAGAUUCAGACCAUCAACAAUAGCUUGAAACGGAAGAAGUACAUUCGCCGACGCAAAGGUCAGGAAGAACGUCUACAAACAUCGUUUUCCAGCAACGUUCAGCGUAAAUUGUUGCAAACCCCGGUAAAGUCGUCUGACUCUCCGCGCACUAUUGCCCGAUCCCCACUACAUCCGUGGAACGGACAAACAUCACAAGCUAGCGUCUUGAAGGCUCACACACCUCAAAAGUCAGGCGCGAUCCAGCAAACGACUAAGGUCGCUGCAGAUGAGGCACUUGCGUAUUCACCCGUAGCGCGCAGGCAAAUUUCAGCAACGGACCCAGUACCAGCGCCAGUCACACCUGUCGGCAACAAGAAAAAGCGAAAAACGUCGCAGUGUGUCUCAAUGCCCUCUUCGGUUGCAAAUAUCGUAGGAGUGAAGAUGCGAAAGUCGGUUUUGAAUGUUCGCGAGGCAGCAGUACUAGCAGCAACACCGACGAAGCAAAUCAAACAAGAGGUGACAACAUCUCCAGGCAAGCACAACAUGCUAACACCGCGAACGAUGAUAGCUUGCGAUACAAAUGACAUGGCUUCGUUCGAAAGCAGUGUGCUGCAAACACCAGCACACGUCGGAUUGUUCACUUCGCUCACGACGUCAUUGCAGUCAACAUCCAAAGCUGUACUAGGUGCUCCAUCCAUGGUGAUGCCAUCACAGGUGUCCAAGAAGGCCUCGUGCAACUGCAAGAAGUCCAAGUGUCUGAAACUGUACUGCGAAUGCUUUCGCCUUGGAGAAUAUUGCGACGAAAGCUGCAAUUGUCACGAUUGUGCCAACACUACCAAGACAGAGGCGGUGCGGCAGCAAGCUAUUGCAUCGCGGUUGGAAAAGAAUCCAAACGCGUUCAAGCCAAAGAUCGGCGUACACCUGCCGCAGUAA